AAGUUAGGUAGAUUAUAGAGAGUAAUUUAUAAACUUGUUUUCCCUAAUGUGUAUAACAAGAAUAGCAACUUUAGUAACAGGGUAGAGUAUUGUAUAUUCAAUACUGUACUUUAUUUUAGGCUUUAAACAAUUCUAUAUAAAUAUAUAUAAAGUGGUAUUUUCCUCAUGAUGAUUUAAUGUUUUAAUGUCAUUUUAGUUAAUUUAGUAAAAGUAAUGUUGGGUAAAGGAUCGGAUAUAUUGAUUUAUUAGUUAAUUUGUUUUAUGUUUUAACACUUGUCAUUAUGAUUUUAAAUGUGUUAAGAUGAUCAUUAAAGUGCUUGAUACAGAGUAACCAACAUCUAACUGAGGUCUAUGUGAAUUCUUUCACAGUCGGAAUAUCCUGGAAACACCCGUAAAAGUUAUAUGCAUCAUCAUAGACCUUUUUUGUUAUGUUCACUUAACAGUUAGGAAAGGUGUGAUGUCGUGUACAGUGAUAUUAAUGGAAAUAUGGUUGUUGUAAGGUUUGUUGUGUCAACGGCAGCAGCGUUGUAUCCAUAGAGAUUAUGGUCGUAUCAUAUAAUUUGCCUCGUGACGUCAUUUCUCGAUGUAAACAAUUCACGACGGAAACGCAAAUUUUAACUGACCACACAGGUAGCAAAAGAUACACCUUCGCUUUCUACGUGUCAACACUCAAGUUAUUAAAGGCCCCUAAACAUUAUUAUUAUUCAAGAAUAUAUGUAUUAUUAUGGGAGUACAGGGACUUAAUGUGUUUGUAACAGAAAACAGUCUUCACAAAGAUUGUCAAUUUUUUUCUGAUAAUGAACUAAUAAUUGAUGGUAACAAUUUACUGUGUGGACUUGAAAGGAAUGAAAAUCAUACAAGCGUUAGCGAGAAUUGUUCAAGUGUGUGUAACGUUAUAAGAAACUUCAUAGAGAAGCUACGUAGUUGCCAGGUUAGACCAAUUUUUAUCUUUGAUGGUGGUCAUGCUAAUGAAAAAAACACACAGUCUGGCAAAGAUAAGUACAGACACAAGAUUAUUUGUUGGAAACAAAUAAUGGUAGAAGUUCUGCAAGGUCUCAACAUUCCCACAGUUUGGUGUGACUAUGAAGCAGACUCAGAAAUUGCAAAAAUAGCCAAUGAAUGCAAAUGCCCAGUGCUUUCAGAAGACAAUGAUUUCUACAUUAUGGAACUGAAUUAUGGAUUCAUUAAUUACAAGUACUUUGAAUGGAAAACAGCGAACGAAAGGGGUAUCGAAUGUAAAAUUUUUGAUCGUGAACAGUUUUGUCAGAAAACGAAAAUUUCUAAAGAAUGUAUUUCAUUGGUGGCAGCAUUUACAGGUACUGAGAAACUCUCAAUGAAUGUGAAAGACGCCAUUUGUUGUCUAGAAGGACACAAUUCUGUCGACACAGCUAUUGACAGUGCACUAAAUCAAGUAGGAAUAAGUAAUGAUGAAAGAGCACAUCUGAAGAAAGAAAUAAUGUAUACAUCAUCACUUUAUGACUUACCUGAAGAAUCUCCAGCCUUUGCAUACCAUAAAGACAAGAACCCAGAAGCAGAAAGUGAUUUAAAAUCUAGAUGUUGCUUUCCUUCUUGGUUUAUUAAAUUGUACAGAGAACGUGGCAUAAACAAAUAUGCUGUUGAUGUCGUUUUACAUCAUCAACGAACUCUAAGACACUCAGUGAAUGAACAAGAUGUGUCUUUGAGUUUACGGCGUUUGCAAUAUGGCAUUCUCGUGAAUGAUGGGUCUACCAUUAAAGAGUAUCGGCGCACUCUAGAUUCUGAUUCAUUAAAUGAAGUGGUGGUACAGCCCACCGCACAACUUCCAAAUCUAGUAGAUAUUAGCAACAAGAACGAGAACGAACGAGAAAAAUUGUUUUUUCAAUUUCUUGAAUCCAACAAAGAUGAUUAUGCAGCUGAUCAGUCAGAAUUCUACCUUCCAAUGGCAUCUCUAAAUUUCUUGUUACAGAAGUAUCCUGUUUCAGAAAGACAGGACGCAAGUGCGUCAGAUUUUUACACAGUAAUAAGUAAGUCUCAAAAAAGAAAAUUAAAGAAAGCCGAAAAUCAACAGUCUAAGCAAGCGGUUGCACAGUGGAUGAUUGUACUGAAACAUGCAAUCUCUUUAAACCAUCUUUUGAGAUCACCAAUUCCAGAAUUUGAUAUCAAGAUCAUUUACAGCAAUUGGCAGCAUUUUAGUCAGUUGCUUGAAACAGGAGUAAAAAGAACACGUUUAGACAGUGAAGUUCCUAUAUCGGGACGUGAAAAGACCUUGUAUGACGCUUUGAAAGAAAUUAUAGAAAAAUACUAAUAAUAGCACAGUACAACACUAUAUUGUUGUUGAUUAUUAUAACAUUAAAUUUAUUUUAAAACACCGUUAAUACAAAAUAAUACUAAUAAUAACAAUUAAAGCUUUAAUAAUACAGGUACAAGCUUUGCUCAUUUAAUUAAAAAUCUUGUACUGAUUUCUCUUAAACGGGAAUUUAAUUAAUGGUUCAACCAGUCACGUUGAAUCAUUGAUUGAUUGACAUCUUUCUUAUUCUGGAUAACCUAUUUAAUACAUAAGUACUGGUCUCCCAUCUCCAAUAAUGUCAAGAUUUGAAACUUACAUACAGAAAUAUAUAAUUAAAACAUAGACAAGGGAAAACGAAAAUAAAAAACAUCAGUGAUGUUAAUUGUUAUUAAGUGGUUCUAAUCUGAGGAUCCAAACAACCAGGAAAAACAAAAGAAGGUAGACUAUGUGGACCAGCUGAGAAAUGAGUGGAUAAAACGUGAUGAACUAACGAAGAUUGGGAGAUCAGAAAAAGUGGAAGAAGCUAGUUAAUAGAGUUGGAGUUCGCUCGAAACAUGAAGUUAUGUUCCCCUAACUGAUGAUAAUAAGACGUGACUGUCAUCGUCCUACACGAUUCCAUGGAAAACACAAUUAAAUGGAUAAUUUUAAAUGGCGAUCGGCUCGGUUUGCCAUCAACAAUUAGCAGAUGGCGUCGCGUCGUCAAUACUGAGUCUGGUUUGCCAAUUAUCGUACAAACGUGGUACGACGCAGUGUAUGACCCGGCUUUAUGGGUCCCAUCAUCGAUUUAGCUGAGAAUGCAUGGUCAUUACUCUCAGAUUGUAAAGUUCAGGUUAAUGGGAAUUUUCUGAACUGAGAAAUAUUAGCUGACUUCUAUGGUUUUCAAUUAUAUAUGCUAUUAUAUUUAUUAUUAAGAAAAUCUGUUCAAGUAAUAAAAAGAUUCAGUUUAUAAACAAAAAAUAUCUAUUCGUUAUGAUGGGUUGAGGUUUACUUAAUUUUAUGGGUGUGGGAGUAUAAAUAUUUCUGUUCACUUAGUUUGACAUUUAGGAGUUCAAUUUUGGACACAAUUAAUGGAAAAGCAUUCAUUUUAUUAAGAUUAUUAUAAAACUGCCAUUUUUGGCAUCUAGACGGGUCAUAUUCUUAAAAUGGAGUUACCGUCCUCAACCGCAAACAUGGUGAGGCUGAGGUUUUUGUCGAUUUUCAAGAGAUCAUUUCCCAACUAAGGCACUUUUUUUAAAACAAAAUAAAAGCUCCUACGGCUUCUAUUUCCUAUUGUGUAUAAUUGCUUUAGAGGUCAGCUGUGAAGCCCAUCACCUUUUCUAUGGCCCUUCAAUCAAACUGCUGGUUGUAGAGAGGUUAUUAUAAUCAUGGAGGUAUUAUUAUAAUAAUACGUCCAUGCUAUAAUAUAUUCAUAAAUUAUCCCGCUGGUUGCUCAGUGAUCACUGUGCGUAUGCAUUUGCUGCGCGUAUUAUAAUUAUGAAUUGUUAGUACGCCCACUGACACUCUUCACACAGCUCUAAGCAUCUCUUCGAAGAAAAAUAAUAAGGCUACGUUCAGACUUGGAGAUAAGCCCGGCUUAACUUUGCCAGGCGUUCAGACAGCAGGAUUAGCCAGGCGUGAGCAUUUGCAUAUUGAUGAACCGUAACCAGGAAUCGAGUUUGGAAACAUUGCGCUCGAAACGUACGCUUACUCACAGAACACGUAAUUGAAUGCUGAUUUGAGCUGGAUUUAUCCACCUUGUCUGAACUAGGCCUAUAUAUUUUAUGGUAUUCCAUCGCGAUGUACUGGUAUUGUAGUAAAAUCACUCCAGUUUAUAGAUUUUUUGCACACGAGAAUCAAUGAAUCGGCGGCACAAUACGAAUUAGUGAAUGAAUGGGAAAUAGAAUGUCAAAAUAGAAUGGGAAAAUUCAGUGCAAAUGAAAGUAAUGACUUAUAAUUCCAUUUGUUGUGUUUAUUGUGAUAUUAUCAUUGUAUAUGAACCUACUGUAUAUAUUGAUUUUUAAAGUUCAUAGCAGCAUAUACUUUUAGUUAAACAAAUAAAAUGCUUGCAGUAACGUUUUGCUGAGUGCUUAUAGCUGAUUGGGAAUCAUUGACUGUUUCACAAUAAAAUCCUAGGAAUAGAACUUUAUGCAUUAAUUUUCAAAAUCAAUAUGUUUGAAAAUGAAAUAAUUAACACACCCAAACCAGCACAGUAAAA